AUGUACAAGAUGGACGAGGAGGCAGGUACAGGCGAUGUGAAUUGUAUACCGCCACCGAUUCCAGUUUCUGCUGCUGUUAGAGAGUCCAUCAGCACCAUCGACACCACCGACGCCGACGAAGAGCAAGGCAUUCUCGAGGCAUCGACAUACACACAGUUUGGGGCUGCUCACACCCACAGCAUCCUCGACCUCGCUUUCGGGCCCACCCUCAUCCAGCUCCCUUUCACAGUCCCAAUCGCAGUCCUUGUCCUCCUCAUCGACGUCAUUGUUCUCGCUUUCACCUUCGCCAUCACCAUCACACACAUCCAGAUAUCCAUACCAUCACUACCCCAACGCACACCUCGCACACGCCCAACACACGCCUCUGCGCAGCAGCACCCACCCCAGCCCUCCUCGUCGACGGCCCAAGCAUCGCCCUCGCCACGCUCCAGCCCCCUGUUCCAGAGACUACUUCAACCCUUCAUUCGGUCUCCAUCACCUGCACCUACAACUGCUGCCGCGAACGCCAGUCUUAUUUCUUCAGAGUCGAACACCACUGAAAGCGUAGAAGAAACUUCUAUAAACAGCAGUAUAAGCAACGAAAUCAAUAUGGCGGCACUACACUACUACCAGCAUCAACCUACGCCGCCGCAUCUUUACCAGAACCCGACUCAGACGCAGAGUCCGGGUCAAACACAACCUUCAUCCUCUUCUAUACCCCCGACGUCGACCCCAACAAGCCCUCCGAGUCGCUCAGAGCGUCUAUUAAGAGACGCCCUCAUCCGAGAUGAACUCGAGCGCAGCUCACCUUCCGCCGGCGCCACCGCCGGCAGCGUCUCAUCGUCAUCCUCAGCACCACCGUCUUCGUCCAGACCGGGACAUCUAAGGCGGCAUUCUCACGUCCCCACCUCAUCGCCAUCAACAUUUGGAGGGAGCUCACAUUCACCGCUGGCUCAGCGGGACACAGAAGAGGGAGAGCAGAGUGGAAGGAGGAGGGAGAGCCGAGGGCAGACGGAAAGAAGGAGGGAGCAAUACACGGGCUCAUUCCUGUUCCGCACUGCGAUGAGUAACCCGAGCGCCGGUGGGGUGUCAGUGUCACCUGAGCCGGACCAUGAGCAUGAACAUGAAGAGGGGUCGGAUAUGAGUGCGAGUUUGGUGGAAAGUCUGAGUGGGAGCGGGAGUGGGAGUGGGAGAAGGACGGGGAGAGGCACGACGGACGCAAGCUCGUACUAUGGCGGCGACGCAGAGAGCGGGAGCCGGGGACAUGCACGGAGUGCGUCGCUCUCCCCGUCGCCUCUGAGGCGCCGACCAGGAUAUGCAAGUCCCGCGGAGCAGCACGCCGCCCACGCGCGCUGGCAGAUGCAGUUAGCGCUCUUCGACCAGCAACAGCUACAACAGCAGGCGGCGGCGGCGGCAGGAUCGAGGUCCCCGCAGCAGCCACCGCCGAGGUCCCCGCAGAUGUCGCCGUACUCCUCACCCCGGUCUCCUCGCCGUCCGUCGUCACAGCCGCCCCGCGAUGGCUCGAAAGGGUCGCCGAUGCCUAUGACACCGCAUGAACAGGUGUUGCGGUCGCGCUUGGAGCGGGUCUUGGAAGCCGGCCGGGUCGUUCAAGAGCGUGAGCGUGCGAGAUCCAAGUCCAAGUCCAAAUCGAAUUCGAGUGGUGGCCAGGAUCGGGAAGUGGGAGCGGGGAGUGAUAUAAUGAGCAUUGUCAGUGGGAGUAGUGGUGGUGGUGUGGUCGAGGACGACUCUAGGAGGGGUAGGAGUGGAGGUAGGCCCAGGAGCAGCAGAACAUCGAUGAGUAGGGAUAAUGAAGUGCGAGACGAACAAGGCGGGUGGCCUUGGAGGGAGAAAGGCCGUGGAUCUGGUGGUGCCGAGGAUGAGCAACCUGUAGAGCCGUUUGGCUUUGGUAUAGGCGAUGCGGAGAUAUCGGCCAGCCCAGUAUCGCUAUCCAUAACGUCUCUUCCAAAACCGAACUCCAAUUCACCGGUUGUUUCUGGGCAUAACCCAAAUCUGAAUCAUUCCACUUCCCGUCGCCAAUCGACUACACCAAUGUCACAUACACCCAUGACACCAUCGCAUGUUCCAAGUACUCCUUCACGCGCAGCAGCGUUCACACCCGGUCACGGCAGAACGCGGUCAAAAACCGGUCCUGAUACAUCAGUACCAAAUACGCCAAGUCCCAGGCGGAAUACGUCCGUUGCCACGCCAAAUCGUGCUGCGGCGCCGGCUUCGAGGAUCCCUGUGAGACUCGAUAGUUCCAAGAUGAACGGGAGCCCCGCUUCUCGUGUCGGGGACAGCAGAGCCAAACGCGGGGGUGAAGGCGCCUCUCGGAAUUUGGACAACUCGAGACAACAGCGGGAGGAGGAUGGAGAUGACGAAGAUGACGAGCUGAGACUGCUCACGCCGCCGCCUACACCGCCGUUCACCGCCCGCGCAUUCUCGGCCUCUCACGGGCUGUCGUUGGCUGGGAAGAUGCCUCCUGGGUCUGUAUUUGGGGAAUAUUGUCCCAGUCCGUACAAGUCGAGCUAUCCCGCCGGUGUUCAGCAACCGCCCGAGACUCCCAGCAAAGCAUCCGGAUUGGGUCGAGGUCUGAACGGGACUGAUGGCCCGAGGCGACCUGCGAACGUGCCUCUGUCUUCGUCUGGUUUAGAAUUGGCAUCUGAACCUAAUGCAACUCGUGCAAAAGCGGGGAGGUACUUCCCAGGCGGUUCAUCGUCCUCGUCUUCUGCAAGCUCGUCUGAUGGGUCGGAACCCCACUCUCCCGGCGACGGUGCCGCGGUGCCCUUUGAUCCUACUGUGCUGGACGGUCCGUCCUUGUCCUCGCCUGCCGUUAACCAAUUGCAGUAUUUGCAGAAGACACACCAGUAUCAACAGUCUGCGGGGUCUUCAUCUGCAGCUGGGGCAAGGAUGGCUCCCUCGACAAGACCUGCAUUCAACGCGCGCAAAGCCUCUGAGCGCUGUCGUGCUAUAGAAGGUUAUGUGAGCUUUGCGAGUGUAGAGGGACUCGGUGAGCCGCCAGGUGCGGCGUUUGGGGACGAGAACGAGGCUGGUGCUAAUGCUGGCUCCGGAACUGCUGGCACUGGAAACGGAGGUGGUAUGCUAGGCGUUGCUUGGGGUGGCUGGAGGAGGUUAUUGGGCGUCGGCGGCUCUGCAGCGCAGGCGCAAGACGAAGGUGUCGUGCUUUGA